AUGUGGCUCUUUGACACCUUCCUGAAGGCCAAGGAGCGUCUGGUAUUCAGACCCACCUUUCCCCGCUUUGCCGACCUCCCCAACCUUGCCCCUCAUCUACCCAAUGAUUUCCAGUAUAGACUGCAGAACAGGAGCACGUUCCUUGUCAAGCUGCCGCUUGACCACCCCAUUGCCUUUGGAUCCAUUUCCGACAAUCAUCUGCCGUUCUUGCUGCAAGGUGUCAUCCAUCCCCCAGUUGCACCCUUCCCGCAGGUCUGGGAAACCAACCACAACAACAGCUCCGCUCUUGACAUCCAGACAAUCCUUGAAUGGAGCCUGAUCUCCCAGGUGGCUGUAGUCCAAUACCUUGACCUCGAGACCUUCCUCAACGGCUAUUGA